UAUUUAAGUUUGAUGAACGAACCUCAAUCAAGCACACCACAUGCAAUGUUCCCGCAAGAAGCAGAUCCAACGGUCAAGAUCAAACCCUCGAAACCCAUCUUAAAAUAAUAGCCCUCCGAUCGAAAAACCCAUAUCUAACUUUAAUCUUGCCGGGCCAUUCUAGUGUUUUUUUUAAAGCAUACACUCCCCCACCAUUGUUUCUCAUGUGACCGACCAUUAAGCUUUGCUUGACCUGGCAUUGCCUUCUCCUUCUCUAUACAUACAUAUAUAUAUACACGUAUAUAUUCGAUCGAAGAUAACAGAAGAAAAAUAAGUAAAAAUAUCUAAAAUACCCUUGAUUUAGAAAAAGAAUGGCGAAAAACGGUUUAGCAUUGGAGACUGAGCUGAGGCUGGGGCUUCCCGGCGGCGGUGGUGGUGGUGAGAAGAAGAGGGUGUUUUCGGAUAUGAUAUCCGGUGGGGAGGAGGAGAAGGCGGUGGUGGCAGUGGUGGGGUGGCCGCCGGUUAGGGCGUAUAGGAGGAAGAUAGGUGGUGGUGGGGUGGGGAAGAUGUACGUGAAGGUUAGCAUGGACGGCGCACCUUUUCUGCGCAAGAUAGACUUGACCAAUCACAAGUGUUACUCUGAUCUUUUCGUUUCAAUUGAACAACUCUUUGGCUGCUUUGGAAUUGAGGAAGCAUUGAAAGAUUCAGAGAACUCUGAGUACUCUCCAAUCUAUGAAGACAAAGAUGGAGACUGGAUGCUUCUUGGAGAUGUUCCUUGGGAGAUGUUCGUAGAUUCGUGCAAGAGGAUGAGGAUAAUGAAAAGAUCAGAUGCGAAUGGGCUUCAAGCAAUUGACCUUCUCAAAGAGCUUGGCAAGAAGGACGAUCGUUCUGAAAAUUAAAAUAAGUUGUUUUAAGCUACGUAAUAGUAAGGGCAUAUCUGUCAUUUCACCACCUUCUCUAUGCACAAUUAGCUUGUGAUAUAUUCUUUGUACCAUUAAUUUCAUAAUUUAGCAGUGAGAUGUAACUAAUUAAUUGCAGACUUGAGACUUAUUAGAGUUGGCUUUUAAUUAAAUAUUAAUAUAUAUAUUUUUUAUGAAUUAA